AAACUUAGGGUUAUCGUCGUCGAGGGGACACAGGUGAUCCUCGGCUUUCGUUUGUAGGCCAAGUUCUCGUGAGCGGAAAUGUUUCCGGGCUACUUGUUAUUAUACUCUUGUAGUUUUCACUAGAGUUUGUGAGACUUAAGUCCAACCCCACAUACCAAAUUCAUGUAUGACAACCUUCAUGAAAGCAUAUGUGAAUUCUCAUGUCGUAUUAGUCAACCAAUAAUCUAUGGUUUGGCAACAUUCGAAACCCAUUGCAUCAGGUCUUCAUGUAUCAUUCAAUUACAUCCUCCCACUGCCCUGUUUCCUCCGGCCAGACCAUCUCUGAACCAGAAAGAACGAUGUUCUCCUGCCUCAUUAUGCCGGCCGACAACCCCAAACGCCAUUUUCCUCAUUUUCCUCAUGUAAUAUCUGCAAAGAAAGAGAAGUUUUUCCUUUUCAGCAUCUUUUACCUUGGAGAAUAC